GGGCACGCAGUGCCGGCGUUAUGGCGGCCUCCGCGCAAGGCUCUGCCUGGGGGCCGUUGCGGCUUGGCAUCCCCGGCCUGUGCUGCCGCCGGCCGCCUCUGGGUCCGUACGCGCGCGUGCGGCGGCUGCCCGGGCCGGAGGUGUCUGGGCGGAGCGUGGCCGCGGCCAGCGGACCGGGCGCCUGGGGCACUGACCACUACUGCGUGGAGCUGCUGCGGAAACGGGAUUAUGAAGGUUAUUUAUGCUCCCUGCUGCUCCCUGCAGAAUCCCGAAGCUCUGUUUUUGCACUGAGGGCCUUUAAUGUGGAACUGGCUCAGGUUAAAGACUCAGUCUCUGAGAAAACAAUUGGACUGAUGCGAAUGCAGUUUUGGAAAAAAACUGUGGAAGAUAUAUACUGUGACAAUCCACCACAUCAGCCUGUGGCCAUUGAACUAUGGAAGGCUGUUAAAAGACAUAAUCUGACGAAAAGAUGGCUUAUGAAAAUCAUCGAUGAAAGAGAAAAAAAUCUAGAUGACAAAGCAUAUCAUAAUAUCAAGGAACUGGAAAAUUACGCUGAAAACACACAGAGCUCUCUUCUUUACUUAACACUGGAAAUAUUAGGUAUAAAGGAUCUUCAUGCAGAUCAUGCUGCAAGUCAUAUUGGAAAAGCACAAGGCAUUGUCACUUGCUUGAGAGCAACACCGUAUCAUGGGAGCAGAAGAAAGGUGUUUCUUCCCAUGGAUAUUUGUAUGCUGCAUGGUGUUUCACAAGAGGACUUUCUACGGAGGAACCAAGAUAAAAAUGUGAGAGAUGUAAUAUAUGACAUUGCCAGUCAGGCACACUUGCACCUAAAGCAUGCUAGGUCCUUUCACAAAAGUGUUCCUGUGAAAGCAUUUCCUGCUUUUCUUCAGACGGAAAUUAAGGAUGCAGACACUCAGGGCGUGUCUUGCACAGCCAGCCAGCCUGGGAAAAUGAAGCCAACUGGGAGAGAGAUUUGAAGGACUCUGGUUCUAGGCAUGCCCACUUCUCCAGGUACUUGAGCUUGGAAACCUUCUUGCUUAACUAGCUCUAGGCCAAUGUUGCUUCACUCCAGCACGCACACACUUCUCCUUGAGCUAUUUGGAAUUACCAGAGGAGAAUCUUUGACAAACAUAGGCCGAUGUUAGUGUGACUGGGCAACUACACAAAAUCAAAAUCAGGAAAGGAGAGCCACUUUGCUGGAGUCUCUCAAAAGGCUAGUGGGGUGGACUCUGGGGCUUUGAAAUCUCUAAACAAGAGUGGUGACUCACCUCUCCUAGAAAUUGCCCUGGUUAUAUCAUAAAAGGGCUCAAUUUUUACAUGAGGUCUCAGUGGUCUUUUUACUUAAUGUGACAUCAUUAGAAAAAUCAACCUUUGACCAGAAAGAGGCAGUUCCCUCCUUCCUCACACAAUUCACAAUUUUCUGGAAUUAUUAAUAAAAAUUGUGUAUCUCUAGGCAGAAGCUCUCCAAUGCUAGAUUUUUCACUAAUAUUCACAUACAAUUUACCUCAAGUUUCUCCUCUGCUCCUGACCUCUCAGGACAGCCGUGGUACUCACAGGGUAAAUUCCAAACACCUCACCCAGGCACUCAGGGCUUCAAGAAUUGGGCCUGACCUUAGCCAUCAACAUCAUUUCCCACUCCAGAAUGAACACUUUGCCCUGGCCAUGCCAGUCUCUGUAUUUCCUUUACACGAGUCCUACUCACUCCUUUUCCACACCUUGGUGUAAGCUGCCCUGAACUGUCUCUCCUGCCUGUGUUCUUUCUCUUCGUCCUUCUUUUUCUUCCUUUUAAAAAAUUGAGUGCUCACUGUGUGCCAGAUAUGGCCCUGAGUGCUGAGUAUAAAAUGACUCAUAGGCCAGGCGCGGUGGCUCAUGCCUGUAAUCCCAGCACUUUGGGAGGCUGAGGCAGGCAGAUCACCUGAGGUCAGGAGUUCGAGACCAGACUGACCAACAUGGAGAAACCCUGUCUCUACUAAAAAUACAAAAUUAGCCAUGUGUGAUGGCCCAUGCCUCUAAUCCCAGCUACUUGGGAGGCUGAGGCAGGAGAAUUACUUGAACCCGGGAGGCAGAGGUU